GGGUUUCCCCAAGAGUUGGCUGUAAACUUCUCUUCCGCUUCUUUCCUUCUCUAUAUAUAGCCAUUUUACACGGUAAGUUCGUGGAUUGGCGGUUGGACCAAGUCAAAGUCAAUGAAGUUUUAGAGGAAGUAACUGGGGUUCGCUCCACGUUUUAUAAGUAUAUUUAUGCAAUACCAAUUGUUCAUGGUUCAGUCAGAAGAUCGCAAUAUACUUUGUCGACAGCCGCCUCGCACUAAUAAUAUUACCGAAUACCGACCGAUCCGGUAUUCCGUAGUCCGUUUCCCAUUCGGCGAAUGGCCAUGGAUUUGAGUCCUACCAAGCUCGACUAUUACGAUGACAUGUGGAAGCUCCAAUCUGCUGCCACACUCCUUUCCCACUUUAAGGGAGAUGACGGCAGAAAUGCUUUGAUAUUAGAUCGCACAAUCUUUUAUCCGCAAGGUGGUGGCCAGCCAGCCGACACUGGCUUCAUACGCGUUUCUGGUUCAGACUGCCAGUUUGUGGUUCAAGACGUUCGAUCAGAGGAUGGAAUUGUUUUCCACUAUGGAUUAUUUGAGAAUUUGGGCCAGGAAUUUGAAAACAAAUUUGAGACGGGAAGGGAGGUCACGCUUUUAGUAGACGAUAGCAGGCGAAAUCUGAAUUCCAGGUUGCAUUCAGCUGGCCAUGUACUUGAUAUUUGUCUGCCCAGAGUAGGAUUGGGUCAUUUACAGCCUGGCAAAGCUUACCAUUUUCCUGAUGGGCCUUGGGUAGAAUAUAAAGGAACAAUUCCACAAAAUGAAAUGCAGAACAAGCAAAAAGAUUUAGAGCUAGAAGCCAAUGGCCUAAUUUCCGUGGGAGGAAAGGUUUAUGUUUCUAUAUUACAAUAUGAUGAAGCUGCUAAACUUUGUGGCGGUUACCUUCCUGAUUAUGUUCACAAGGGAAGCACACCUCGCAUUGUGAGGAUUGGAGAUAACCCUGGCUGUCCCUGUGGUGGUACACAUGUUUCUAAUCUCUCAGAUAUCGUGGGCAUUAAGGUUUCUCAAAUUCGCUCAAAGAAGGGAUUAACAAGAGUCUUUUACAAUGUCGAGUCCUAAUCCUAUGCACUCAGAAUCAGCCAUAAAGUGAGGCCAACUUUCCGUCCUGGCAGAUGGCUAUGGACUGCAGAAUGAUGUUUUACUAAAAUACUAGUAAUUACGUGUAAUGUGCUGCUAAAGUUUAACUUUUGUGACUAGCUGACAAAUGUUGUAGUCCACAUAUCUGGCUGUAUCAAUUGUUAAAUGAGUUCGUUCAUACA